AUGGAGGGUAUAGACAUGGAGAGGCCUCAAGCUGCACCUGGGUCGAUUCCAGGGGAGGCACCGCCUUUCCUGUGGGUGGUGAUCAUUGCAGCAGCUGCACUCUGGUGGCUCUUACCAUGGAUCGAACGGUGGCAAGAGGCCAGACGUGCUCCUCCGGUCGUCAGCAGUGCAGAGCGCGUGGCUGCGAUGGAGAAAACCGUGCAAGCGCAAGAGUAUGUGGAGCCGGAGCUUGAACCAGGAGACACCUUUCUGAGACCCGCAGCGCUACCCUUCGACCCGGACGAGUUCUUCCGGGAGACCUAUGCCGCGGGCUGCAGUUUGCUGGAGGAGAUCUUGGCGGUGCCUCCGCAGGGGGAGCAGUUCACUGCAGCAGUGAAGGGCUUGCAUGCGCUGGCGAAUAUCUUGGAUCGACUCUUUCACUCUUGGGCUGAGGAGGCGGGCGACCGAGCGCGGUGCCAGUUGAAGGAGGAGAGCGAGGCCUUCGUCAGCAGCUUCACGGCACGCGGCGAUGCACCGAUAAGGCGGCUCUUGGCUCAUGCUGGCUUUCGGAGGGAGGAGAGCUCUCGAGCUGUGUGGUGCUUUGAUCGUGAGGAUCCUGAAAUCAGGCUCAGAGGCCUCACCGUCAGAUUGUGCCUGCUGCGCUUUUCGGAACUGCAGAGGCUGCGCGGCACGCACCGCUGGGCCCAGUCCAGCAACGCGGCGGUGGUGCCGAAGCCCACGGCCACCGUGCCGGAGCUGCUGGAGCUCUACCGGUCGCCGUCCGAGGCACCAGAGUUGGAGAAGCCAUCGCUGAGGGAGAGGAACUUGGAAGCGGAGGUGAGAGGAAAGAUCCAGGAACGGCGUAGUGAGGCGCUGGCGCCCGUCCCGCCGGUGCCGCUCGCGCUGCACGAGGGCUUGGCGCAGGCGGCACGGCGCUUGGCGCAGGCGCAAAGGGUCCAGGAGCGGAGCCAGGCUUCGCCGACGAGGCUCCGGGCCAGCGAGGUCGAGAAACUUUUGGCCCAGAUGCCCCUGCCACCAGGUUUCACUGCGGUGCACCUGUACUUCCGCAGCACCGAGCUGCCGAGCAUCUUUGGUCUCACCAGCAGUACUGGCCGCAACAGCGGAAACGCAGCGGGUGAGGACCGCGCGGCCGACAUCUUAGCACGCGAGGCCGUGGGGCACUGGGCAGCCCGAGUGCCGACGCUCACCUGGCCGAGCGCCAGUCUCUGUGGCGUGGGCGCUGCGCUGGACUACACGGUGAACCGUGGAUUCGUGGUUGCGUUGCUGAUUGGCUUUGAGGGUGCCUGCGUCGAAGAGGCCUCCGCGCAGCGGAGCGCCAUGCAAGACCUCCGAAGGCGGCAGACGGCCGCCGCCGAGGCGGCGGCGGCCAAGCCGGCCCAGCCAAGCUUUGGCGCUCGGGUGCGGACCUUCGGAGCACCUGCAGCAGAUGCGGUCGGCACGAUGUUGCUUGGCCUGGUGGCUACUGAGCAGCGCGAAGAUGCGAUGCAUGCCUUGGAGAAUGAGCUCCCGGACAUCUUUUGGGACUACCGGGACAAGUACGUGCCGAAGCCCCGAAGCUUCUUCGGGCGGAAGGCGGCCAUGAAGAAGUCCCGCAGCUACCCGGACGAGGAUGUGGUGUACACCGACGAAGAGCUUGAAGAAGAGGAGGAGAUUGCUGAGAAGAGAGAGCUGCGUGCACUGCGAGCGGAGAAGAAGGCACGAGGAGAGACCAUCACCAUGAAGGACAAAGUGGACGAGAUGAAAGGUCCUGCUCUCACGCCGAAGGAGCGCCUCAAGCGAUGGGAAGAGAUGCUGGAAGAUGCGAGGUCGCGCUGA